UCCAAUGAAUGUAGAUGAUUUAAGAAAUAAAUUGAAUGAAUUAAAUAAGAAGCAGGUUGACAUUCUGACUUAAAGAAAGACAAUAAUAAAGGAAAUUAAGAAUUUCUCAUUUUAGUAUAUUAGUUAUUUAUAUUAAUUAGAAAAUAAGAUAACAAAAAAGUUAAAUUAAAUAAUGGAAAGGAAUAGGUAAAUAUUAUUGUUUAGAUUGUUUAGAAAGCAUUUCAAUUAAAUCUUGUGGGUGCAAAGGAAGAACGUGCAGAAAAGUAAAAGUUGCUUGAUGAACAAGUACCCACUACGUUGAAAGAGAAGGAUAAACGUUUAGCAAAAUUCUUAUUAGGAAAUCAUCUCUAAAAAGCGAAAUAAGAUUUGAUUGGAGAGAAAUAAAAAGUAAAUUUGCUUUAACUUAUUAUUUUAGUUGGAUAAAUAAAUAGAAAUAAAUAAGAGAUUAGAUGAUAAAGAUAAAUAGGAUUUAUAAACCCUUAAAGAAGAUUAAAAUGUAUUUGUUCUUUGAUAAAUUUUUAGAAAAAGAAGAGUUAGUUAGUAAAUGAAAGGAAGGAAUUGGAGCGAGAAUUAGCUGCUGAUGAAUAUAAAAGAUAGGUAUUACAAUAAAAAUAUUUAAGGUUCUAUUGCUUGAACUAUAAAUUAAAAUAAUGAGAGAUUUUUUUAUAACAAAGUAAUAUAAUUUGAUGAACAUUUUAGAACAUAUCCUCAUAUUUUAUGGUAGCCAGCUAAAACCAAUGAGGGUAUGAAUCCUCUAAAAGAAUAUAGUACUUAAAAAUUCAAUGUAAAAUAUUGAUUUUUUAAGAAAAUAGGAGAUGGAGAAGGAUUUGAAGGAAUAACUGUUGAGAGCAUAUACUAAUUUCACUGAGUCAUAAUAUUCGAAGUUAAAGGAAUAAUAAGUUUAAUAGGAGCAUGAGAGUUCAUAAUCAGAAAGUGAGGAGUCAUAAGAAAAACAGAAAGAAGAAGGGUAAGAAUGAU